AUGACCCCUGGACCAUCAUCAAAUACAAUCAUCAAGCGUUCCUCUUCGCCACCUUUAGCCUCGAGCAAGAGGGUUCGUUCCAGCACGGCAGAAGUUCCUCCAGCCCGAGCGCAGGGCGAUCAAGCAGGCCAGAAGCGCACCCGAGUUCGCCAAGCGUGCAACCGCUGCAAAGCUCGCAAGAUCAAGUGCGGCGAUCUCAGGCCCUGCAAGAAAUGCACCUCAUUGGGCAUCGUCUGCAGAGACUGGCGCCCUGGCGAGGACCCUUACGACCAAUCUGCCUUUGCUCAUCCGGCCGGGUCUUCUUUAUCGGAAGUCUCUGACCCCUUUGCAGAAAGCUGGCCCAACGCAGACAAUCACUUCCAAGCUCAUGGCUCGGCUCGCACACGCAGCAGUCACACCGACAGGCCAUCUGCCGAUGUAGAUGGUACGGCAGAGCGCUCUGGAUCUGCGAUACCCUGGCCCAACACGCCGUACGAGCGAUCUAGUCACACUGUGGCAUGGCCACCCAAGCCUGAUCCUCGACGACAUAGAUACCUUGCUUACCCAUACGAUUCUAUCUAUCGCAACGAGUUUGGUCACCUUAAAGCGCUCUCCCUAUCUUCAGGACUUGGCACGCUUUCCUAUCUUCACGAAUAUCACAAAUUGGCUAACGAACAGUUCCUCGACGCCCUCUGGCAAGUCCUCGAGGGCGAAAAUCAGGAUGGCGUCAACAUGCAAAUGUUCGCGCUGGAGAACGAGUCACUUUCGCCCCAUUCUCACGGCAGCCACAUGAGCACCGGCCUUGGAGCACCCAUGGGAACCUUCCCAGACUCUCUUGCGGCUGACUGGUCGUUGAGCGGUGCUCCUUCGCUCAAUGUCGCUUUUACUUUUGAUGCAUCGGCUGGGCUGGCACCAGAUCGCUUCCCUUCAAUGCAAAUCCCGACCAAACCUACCCUUUCAGUCGCCAGCAACUCCUCGGCUGAGACUUCACCAGCGAUAGCCCCUCUUCACCCACAGGAUCACCGUCAUAGCCGCUCUCGAAGCGCUACUCGCGUCUCUGCUAAUAGAAAUGCCGAUUUUUCUGCGACUCCAUCCGGUCAAGACCAGCCCGCCAAGACCUGCCUCGACUCUGGUCCUCCACCCGAAGAUUUGUGGGCGUUCAUGGGCACCAAAAUCCCACAGCAGCAUCGACGUUCCCUCCUACACACGUUCCUCUCCACCACGUAUGUAUUAUGGCCAACCUUCAUCCUCUCCGAGUUUCUUGCCACGCUCAAAAACGAGAACGAACGCCAAAAUCCAACCUUCGUCUGCCUCGUCAUUGCGUGUUGUGCAAUAGCUGCGCGCCAGGAAGCAGGUAGCGCCAAAGGCGGACACGCGGCAGAAUGGGCUCGCAGCUUCGGCUUUUUUGAGCUCUACCUCGAAAUUCGCAGGCUGGCACCGAGAAGCACGGAUUGGGCCAGCUUGAAUCACAUCCAGGCUCUGUUCUAUCUUUCCCACUAUUGCUUUGGCGCUUCGGGUCCUUUCGGCGUGACAAGGGCGCAUUAUCUCAUGAACGGUUGCGUGUCAAAGUGCUUUGACGUGGGUCUCCAUCGGUCCGCAGAGACCUACACCGACGCUUUCACUCCUUCUGAAAUCGAAGCCCGUCGCCGCACUGUUUGGGCCGUCUACUGCGGCGACAAAAUCUCGGCCGCGUACGGACGUCCCGUCAUGCUUCGUCUCUCUGACAUGGAUGUCCCCGAAAUUGAUGUCGACUCGGACGAAUACACCGAGAGAUUGCCGGCUGCAACAUCUUUCGAUCGUGCCUGUACACUUCGACCAUGGCACCGCGCCGCCAUUCGCCUCUUUUGCGUUCUCGAACGCGUCAUUGAUAAGAUCAACCUUCCGGCAUGCAGUGCUUCAGCAGCUCUCGAGCGAGUCAUGCGCAAAAAGCCUAAGCGACCCAGACAAUCGGAAAACCACGACGACAAUUGCAUGGCCGAUCAUGAGGCCAUCGGAUUCGAGGAAGAGCUCGAGCAUACUCCGAGACCGACAUCCGCACAUGAGGAUGAUCUUAUGUACCAAGCACACAUCGAAAGACUACGCACAACAGUUGCUUUUAUCAAGAUCUUCAUCUAUAGACACCUCUUCUGCAUGGCAAACACAAAUCUGUCACGCCAGCCGCCGAGGAUAGAUUACCGCGAUGAGAUGGUCAAGUGGUGUCGAGAGCUCCUCCUCUCGCAACGCAAGAUGAUUCAACGCGGGGAAUACACCGAUUUCGGCUCGGUCAUGUCGUACCAACUAAGUCAAACAGGGCGAGGUUUAAUUCCUGCUAUCUACAUCACCUCACGACUCAUGGAUCCCUCUCAGGAUCCCAACUCGAUUGCCAUCCUCAAGGAGGCGCAGGAGCUCCUCGUACUCGCUUAUGAUCUACUGCGGCAGUUGUCGGAUCGGUUCACAGCGUCCAAUCGACAACUUCAGAUCAUGCAGUCUGCCUUCCGGCGACUCGACCUCAGCUUGAAGAAGAGGCAUCACAAGCACGGCGCGACGGGCGCACAAGAUUCUUCGUCGCAUUCGCAUGGCGCUGCAGAACGGUCGGGCACACAGGGCGUCGCAGCGACCGGUCCAGCAGACAAGGAGUUGACGAGUGGUCUCGAUCUGAUCGCUGGUGUCGCCGGUGCCGAGCUUCUCGGCACGGAAGCACUUGGAGAGUCUACCGCCAGCAAUGAGGAGGAGGACGAGUUCGAAGACGAUCUGGAUAGGGACAAGAAGCCCGGAUGGAUCUCGGAUCUGCCCAUCAACCAACCGGCGGAAAAGACCGCACCGCAUCCAGUCAGUGCCUUUGUCGGGUGGCCAUCUGGCCCGUCCUCUGGUCUGCCUCCUCGUGACGAGUGA